UUUUUAUUAUCAAACUCAAAAACAUCUUCUUCUUCUUCUUCAUAUUUUCUUUUUUUCUCUCUUUAUUCUAAAUUAUAUUAAGUAUAUUUGUAAGAAAUAAUAGUUGCUGAAAUAUGAGGAGGAAUUGCAAUUUGGAGCUUCAACUUGUCCCAGCUGCUUUUUCAGUUGCUGAUCUUAAUUCUAACUACCCUAUUCACAAUUCCAUGAAAAUUGAAGAUGAUGAUGAUGGGUAUUCGAAUAAAAAUAGUAAUAUGAUGAUGAACAACAGAAGUAGUACUACAAAUCAAAAUCAGCCACUUACAAUUUUCUACAAUGGAAAGAUUUGUGUUUGUGAUGUAACUGAGUUUCAGGCUAGAGCCAUUAUUCUUCUUGCAAGUAGAGAAAUGGAGGAGAGAUUAAAGACACCAAGGGGGGUGGCGGCAGCAAUAGCGACAACACCGGUGUCAGAGCCGUGCUCACCGAGCAUUCAGUCACCGAUUUACAGCCCAACGGCGGCUCUUUCAAUGAAGAGAUCACUCCAAAGAUUUCUCCAAAAACGCAAGCACAGAGCUCAAGCCACCUCUCCUUAUUACCAUCACUAGAAUUAAUUAUUAAUAAUCAUUAUAUAUUUUAAUUACGUUUGUUAAUUAAUUAUAUAUAAAAUUAUUGGGGUCUUAAUUAAUUUUCUUGUAACAAUUUUCUUAAUUAGAAUAUGAUAAACAAAUUUUUCUUUUAUUAUUUUUUUUCUUCUUCUUUUAAUAUUUUGAGGGCUGCUCUUGUAAAUUAUUAAUCUUCAUUAAUCAUAUAUAGAAUUUCAAAUUUUAGAUUUCAAA